CUCGAUCUUGGUCUGCAAUAGCAUUGGUCCAGUCCAUAUCCAGUCUGCAAUAGCAUUGAUCAAAGCCGCUGCCCAUGUCGUCCGAUCCCCUGGUCGCUGCCAUUCUCUCGCUUGACUCGGUCCUGCAGCUGGCCCUCGCCUCUCCGCUGAAUCCUCGGCAACCACAGCCGCGAUCGACCGACGCCAUCGACACCGAAGCCGCCCUGGACCAGAUCGAAGCGGAGCUGUCCAAGGCCAAGGCUGCGCUGAUGAACCUUCCGCCAGAUCCUUCGGCGCACAUGGCCAUCGAGUCACUGCCGCACCUCAUUCAGCAAAGAGACGCACUGAAGCAGCAAGCACUGGACAAGUCGCGGAUACUCAAGCAGGCGCUGGAAGAGGUGUACGAGCUGCAGGACUCUAUCCGAACACUGGUCGCUCCGCCGUCGCCGCCAUCGUCAUCAUAGUCACAAUCGCCCAUAACCAUGUCCGCUAUAAUCAGCACCCCUUGAACGAAACACUGUCAACCCUCCCCUCCCCGGACACCUGCCACUGCCACAAUGCCGAUUCAGGCCAUAAUCGAGAUCAAGCGGACGCCAGCAUGUCGAUGGUCCUGUUGCCAACGGGCCGGCUGGGCGUGCAUCGCGGCUGAAGCCAUAAUAUCCAUACCCCACCAGUGCGAUGAUGGUAUUCCGAGGAUGACCUGCAGCGCAGCUUCAUCCCGCAAUAUACAGGCCCUCGAGGCAGCCGGGAGGGCGCUCCUGAACCAGA